AUGCUCUUGAAUUACUUAUGGUUUUUGCUUUUUAGCAAUACUCUAAUUAUUAUCGUUCUAGGUGAUUCAGACCAUUUACGAGAAAUGCGUUUUAAAUUUUGGCUUCAACCUGGUACUGAAGAAUGUUAUCAUGAAGUACUAGAUAAUGGUACCAGUAUGUAUUUUAUGUAUGAGAUUCUAAAUGCACAUACAAAUGAUAACAGUAUUGUUGCUUAUUUUCGUAAUGCUCAUAAUGGAAGUAUUAUUGCUGUUUCAACUACACCACAACGAGGUCAUCUUGAAAUCAUAGCUAAUGAAACAACUGUAAUCGAUAUUUGUAUGACACAUGCACAAGCAGAUACUUAUGUUAAAUAUAUGUCUGUAUUUUUUCAUGUUUAUCAUAUUGAGAAAAUCUUAGCUAGUAUAAAAGAAGUUGAACAUUUUGAUAAUUCAUCAAUGAAUGCUCAUAAUGCACUUGAUUCUAUAAAUCACCAUAUUAUUCUUACACGUGAAAGUCUAAUGGAAAUGGAAAUGCUUAAUCAAAAAGAUCUUUAUUUAAUUCAAGAAAAUUUAUCAUGGGUCAAUCGAUGGGCAGUUAUUCAUAUUAUUUUAAUUAUUACUUGCAGUCUUUUUCAAACAUUUUUUAUUAGACGAUUAUUUCAAACAUCAACAAAAUAUACAAGAAAAUAA